AUGACCACGCAAUAUGACGCCAUAGGCCUGGCGUACGAAUCCCUCAAACGCCUCCCUGCCGCCAUGCUAGAACGAAACAGUCUAUGCGCAGCGCUCACGCCAUUUCUUUCUCAUCCUGCCUCAGAAGAGACCAACGGGGGAAGUGAUUCUGGUGCCAAAGUCCUCGACCUCGCCUGCGGCACCGGCUACUACUCGCGCCUGCUCCUCUCAUGGGGCGCUUCGCAGGUCGUUGGCGUCGACAUCUCAUCCGCCAUGGUCGAAGCCGCUGAAUCCUCGUGCUCUCAAUCUGGUAUCUCCCCAAACCGCCUCUCGUUCCGGGUCGGCGACUGCAUUCAACCCCUGGUCCUAGACAGCGGUCCAUUCGACGUCGUCCUAGGCGCCUGGUUCCUCAACUACGCAUCCACACCUGCCGAAAUGAGGAACAUGUUCGCCAACAUCUCCGCCAAUUUGAAGCCUGGUGGCCAUUUCGUGGGCAUCACGCCGCACCCAGCACUGGACCUUGACGCGUUUGCGGCGCUGCACGAUCAGACGAAGAACCCGGGGCGAAACCCAAGGAAGUACGGUGUGAGCGUAGCAUACACGGACAAAUUGGAUGAUGGGUCAGGGUACCUGACGAAAAUCACGGGACAUGUGGAACCGGUGGAGAUAAGCUUCGAGAACUUCCAUAUGCGCCGUGAGGUCUAUGAAAAGUGUGCGAGGGAAGGGGGGAUGGGAGGGAGGCUGGAGUGGAAGAAAAUCGUGGUGCCAGAUCCAAAGGAGAGUAGGGAGCGGUACGGGGUUGAGGAGGGGUAUUGGGAUGAAUAUAAUGAAACGCCGCAUUUGGGGAUCUUGGUUAUUGAAAAGUAA